CUGACUUGACUCGUUGACAGUUAAUAACGAAGUUAGCGUCUUUCACUGGCUUCCAAAUGAAAUAUUAUUUUCUACGUGUUGUACCAUUUAUUUCAAUUUAUAUUUAGUAUACAUAAUUCUGUACAGCGAUAUUCAUCGAAAUAUAGUUGCAAACAAAUUUUCAAGACGUAUUUCGUCUUGCUAACCUCAAAAUGUAAACACCAACUUCACAACAGUUUCAGUGAUUGUCAACGAAGCGAAGACAUCACGGUGCGUUGCCCCAUUCAGUCCGUACAAACUAUUAAUUUACCAAAACGACAAAUCUUGCAAAAUGAGCGAUAGCGACGAAGAUAACUACAACAAAGACGAAGACUGUGUGGACCUCACCGGAUUCUUGUUCGGUAACAUAAAUGAACAGGGUCAACUCGAAAGCGAUGUUUUGGAUUCGGAAUCUCAAAAGCAGCUCUCAAACCUCGGAAAACUUGGUUUGGGCUCCACCCUUAAAGAAAUGAUAGGUGUCGAUAACAUUCCUAAAGAUGAUUCAGACAGCGAUUAUGAUACCCAGGAUACCGAAAAAAGUAAAUUUGAUGACGACGGCAAAGAGAAGAGUGGUGCUAGCUCGCAGCAAAGUACUGACAGUGGUUUUGACUCAAAAUCUCCAUCUGCGGUGGACUUUUCUGAUAUUAAUGAGCUGGCAGAAGAGGAGGAGGUGAAACCAGAAAGUUAUGAUGCAGAUGAUGAGAAUGUAAAUGAAAAGGAUAACAAGUUAAUGCCACCUCCACCAGCUCCUGUAAGCAAAGAAGUGAUAGAGCCACCAGUCACAAUUAAUAUUGAUGAUGGUGAUAAAAAAAAAUUGGAAACACCAUUAGCAGCAAUGUUACCCUCAAAAUAUGCUAAUAUAGAUGUAACUGAACUAUUUCCAGACUUUAGACAUGGCAAAGUGUUAAGAUUUUCUAGACUUUUUGGCCCAGGGAAACCAAGUAGUUUGCCAAAUAUUUGGCGAAAUGUAAGAAAAAAGCGCAAAAGAAGGAAACAUAAAGAUAGUGCUAAUCAGCAUGAUUCUGAUUCAAAUUCAGAAGAUGAGAAACCUAAACACAGAGGCUGGUUUUUGGACUAUGCUGAGACGCCCCCUAUAGAUCAGUGUCGUAGUGACGACGAGGAAAAAUUUUUAAAACCACUGGAAAGCACCACUGUGGAUAAUAAAACAGAAACCCAGUCAAAAGAUGAUACUGGACCUAAAGUUGCUGACUGGCGAUUUGGUCCUGCGCAGAUCUGGUAUGAUAUGUUAGAUGUACCUGAAACUGGCGAUGGGUUCAAUUAUGGGUUUAAACUUACAGAGGAAAAGCCACAAGAAGUAAAAACUGAGAGUGAAGAACCAAAAGAGGGUGACGAGUUCCCAGAUGACGCUUUUUUGAUGGUAACGCAACUUCAUUGGGAAGACGACGUGGUCUGGGAUGGCAAUGAUAUAAAACACAAGGUUUUGCAAAAGUUAAAUUCAAAGACCAACGCAGCAGGGUGGGUACCUAGUAGUGGCAACCGAACAGCGCAAGCAUUCAGCCAACCAGGGAAGGGCGGGCUGUUGUCUGGAAGUUCUGUCAGAUUACCGAUUCCAGCCCCACCGUUGCCUGGUAUGAAAGCAAAAUCCCAAAUUAUGUCAGCCAAGCCUCGACCUGAUCCUGAACAAGAUGAUACUUGGUACUCCAUUUUUCCCGUUGAAAAUGAAGAUCUGGUUUAUGGAAGAUGGGAAGAUGACGUUAUAUGGGAUGCUGAAUGUAUGAAUCAGAUACCUAAACCUUCAAUUCUCACUUUGGAUCCCAAUGAUGAAAAUAUCAUUUUGGGAAUACCAGAUGACAUAGAUCCCUCAAAGCAGAUUGCAGGGCAAGCAACACCCGUGAAAGUAAAAAUUCCACACCCUCACGUGAAAAAAUCAAAAAUUCUUCUCGGCAAAGCGGGCGUAAUCAAUGUAUUGCAAGAAGAUACUCCUCCGCCACCCCCCAAAUCACCCAAUAGAGACCCAUUCAACAUUUCAAACGAUGUUUAUUACAUGCCACGUUCGUCCGAAACCACCAUGAGAUUGAAAGUCGGUGGCGGUAAUCUGAUACAACAUUCAACGCCGGUCGUAGAAUUGAGAGCUCCCUUUAUUCAAACCCAUAUGGGUUUGAUGCGUUUACGAAACUUCCAUAGACCGCCAAUGAAACGGUUCUCACAUGGACCGUUGGCUCAACCAGGCCCCCAUUCUGUGAUGCCAUUGGUAAAACAUAUCAAGAAGAAAGCGAAACAAAGAGAAUCAGAAAGAAUGGCUUCUGGUGGAGGUGACGUGUUCUUCAUGAGAACUCCUGAAGAUUUGACUGGAAGAGAUGGCGAUAUUAUUCUUGUAGAGUUCUGUGAGGAGCAUCCUCCUCUGAUGAAUCAAGUAGGAAUGUGUUCGAAAAUUAAAAAUUAUUAUAAGAGGAAGGCAGCUAAAGAUUCGGGUCCACCGACGUAUAAGUACGGAGAGACUGCGUAUGCGCAUACUUCGCCGUUUUUGGGAAUUUUACAUCCGGGGCAGUCCAUACAGGCUAUAGAGAAUAACAUGUACAGAGCCCCUAUUUAUGAGCAUAUUAUACCAACAACAGACUUUUUGAUAAUAAGAACCAGGCAACAGUAUUACGUCAGAGAAUUAGAUGCAAUUUAUGUGGCGGGACAACAGUGUCCUUUGUACGAAGUACCAGGACCAAAUUCAAAAAGAGCAAAUAACUUUGUUCGAGAUUUUCUUCAGGUUUUCAUUUAUCGACUUUUCUGGAAAAGCAGAGACAAUCCAAGAAGGAUCAAAAUGGAUGACAUUAAAAAAGCUUUUCCUUCACAUUCUGAAAGUAGUAUCAGAAAGCGACUUAAGUUAUGCGCAGACUUUAAAAGAACUGGAAUGGACUCAAAUUGGUGGGUGAUAAAGCCCGAAUUUCGUCUUCCAACCGAGGAAGAAAUUCGAGCGAUGGUCUCACCGGAACAGUGUUGCUCUUAUUUCAGCAUGGUAGCCGCUGAACAAAGAUUGAAGGAUGCCGGUUACGGUGAAAAAUUCAUCUUCACUCCAGCUGAAGAUGACGAUGAAGAAAUGCAACUGAAAAUGGACGACGAAGUGAAAGUGGCACCUUGGAAUACGACAAGAGCGUACAUUCAAGCUAUGAAAGGAAAAUGCCUGCUUCAGUUGACAGGGCCUGCAGAUCCUACAGGAUGUGGUGAAGGUUUCAGUUACGUCAGAGUGCCAAACAAACCGACUCAAAAUAAAGAAGAGCAAGAAUCGCAACCAAAGCGCACUGUCACUGGAACCGAUGCUGAUUUGAGGCGUUUAUCGCUUAAUAAUGCCAAAGCUUUAUUGAGGAAAUUCGGAGUUCCGGAAGAAGAAAUUAAAAAGCUGUCGCGUUGGGAAGUCAUCGACGUUGUCCGAACUCUUUCCACCGAAAAAGCCAAAGCAGGAGAAGAAGGAAUGGAUAAAUUCUCCAGAGGAAACCGCUUUUCCAUUGCAGAACACCAAGAACGCUACAAAGAAGAAUGCCAAAGAAUCUUCGACCUCCAAAAUCGGGUUUUAGCUAGUGCCGAAGUGUUGAGUACUGACGAAGGAGAGAGUUCCGACGAAGACAGCGAUGAAGACAUUGAAGAGAUGGGCAAAAAUAUCGAAAACAUGUUGGCGAACAAGAAAACGAGCACGCAAUUGUCUCUAGAGCGAGAAGAACAAGAGCGUCAAGAAUUGCGCAAGAUGAUUAUGGAAGGAGAUGAAAAGAAAGGGAAGGACAAGAAGAAAGAUGAAGACGAUAAUCAGGAGCAGUCGAGUUACGCACAACAAGGACGAGUUUUGAAGAUUGUGCGUACGUUCAGAGAUGCGGAAGGGAAAGAGUUUACACGUGUGGAAACCGUAAGGAAACCGGCAGUGAUCGAUGCGUACGUGAAAAUAAGGACCACCAAGGACGACGCGUUCAUACGACAGUUCGCUACUCUCGAUGAAGCGCAGAAGGAAGAAAUGAAGAGGGAGAAACGAAGAAUUCAGGAACAGUUGAGAAGGAUUAAGAGGAAUCAAGAGAAAGAGCGGUUGGCUUUGGGGCUUGCGUCUUCCUCGAAUCCGUCGGCAAGUGGCGAAAAACUGGGAUUAAAUGACAGUCCCUCCAAUCAAUCGAUCAACACUUCACCAAAUAAGUCUGCAUUAAUAUCACCUCCAAAGUCACGAAGAAAAACAAAACUCAAACCGGACUUGAAACUCAAAUGUGGAGCUUGCGGCAACGUUGGACACAUGAGGACAAACAAAGCGUGUCCUCUAUAUCAGAACAGUGGUUCAAACGCUCCGAUGAACGUAGCGAUGACUGAAGAACAAGAAGAAGAAAUUGAAAAGCAGUUGAACACGGAUGAUGAAGAUCUUGUCAAUAUUGAUGGUACUAAAGUUAAAUUAUCGAGUAAAUUGUUGAAGCACGCGGAAGAAAUUAAACGACGUACGUUGCUGCUAAAAGUGCCGAAAGAAGCAAUGAGUGCUAAAAGAAGACGACGUGGAGUUUCUGAUCUCCACUGUGAUUAUCUGAGGCGUCAUAAUAGGCCCGCUAAUAGGCGACGAACUGAUCCAGUGGUUGUUCUUUCCACUAUACUGGAGAAUAUUUUGAAUGAAAUGAGAGAUAUGCCAGAUGUGCAGCCAUUCUUGUUUCCAGUCAACCCCAAGAAAGUUAUGGAUUAUUAUAGAAUUGUUCAUAGACCUAUGGAUUUGCAAACAAUCAGAGAAAAUUUACGACAAAAGAAAUAUCAGAGUCGUGAAGAAUUUUUGGCUGAUGUGAAUCAGAUUGUUGAGAAUUCAACUUUGUACAAUGGAGCUAAAAGUAGCUUAACGGUGGCCGCCCAACGUAUGUUGAAUAAGUGUGUCGAACGUUUAGGAGAGAAAGAAGAAAGACUAAUGAAGUUAGAAAAGGCUAUUAACCCAUUGUUGGAUGAUAAUGAUCAAGUUGCGUUGACCUUUAUUUUAGAUAAUGUGAUAAAUACAAAAUUGAAAGCUAUGUCUGAGUCUUGGCCGUUCCUUAAACCAGUCAAUAAAAAAUUGGUGAAGGACUAUUACAGUAUUGUAAAACGACCAAUGGACUUGGAAACAAUCUCGAAAAAAGUGGCAGCACACAAAUACCACAGCAGACAUGAGUUUUUGAUAGACAUCGAACAAAUUCUGCAGAACUGUAUCUUGUAUAAUGGCAGGGACUCAUCUUUCACUGAUAAAGCAGAACAGUUGGUUAAAAUUUGUAAAGCUACGUUAGACGAGUAUGACGAGCAUUUAACCCAACUGGAAAAUAAAAUAUCUCUGGCACAAGAAAGAGCAAUGCAAGAUGAUGAUCAGGCGUGGAUGGGCGGUGAAGAGGAAAAUUACACAAUUGCAGAACCGGAUAGAAUUAGCCAAGCAAGUUCACCUGAUCAGAGUUCUUUCAUAAAAUCCAACAUUGACGAUUACGAUUAUGUGGACGUUGAAGGAGGCAUUCAAACCAGUGAAGAUAUUGCAGCAUCCGUGCCAAGACCCAAAAAACGAAAAACCAAAAAAGAUGAUGCUGCUAUACUGGAAGAAGAUUUGCAGUUCUCGAGUGAAGAAGAAUUAGAUGAAGUUCCUUUACAUGAGUUUGAAGAUAACAAAGGAGGGCUUGUUAUUUCCGCUGAAAUGCCUAUGGAAACUGUUAACGCUGACGAUGACAGUCAACAAGCAGCAGAAGCGAUGGUACAGUUGGGUUCGAUGGGUUAUUACCAACAGAAUGAAGGAGAAGCGGCUGAUCUAGUUUACAAAGAGGAGAGCAUGGAUGUAGAUCCAAAUUAUGAUCCUUCAGAUUUUCUAAUGUCGGGACUGCCACUACACAACAAAGAUGAUAUUAAAAUAGAUGAAACAGUCUUACAGGGUCAGGAUUCUGGUAUGAAAAUCCAUGAUGAUCUGGCAGUUAGUGAUAGUGAAGACGAAGGACCAAAUGUUACUGAUGUGCCUAUUCAGGAGGAAGAUGACGGAGGCGAUCUUUGGUUUUAAAAAUGCUAUGAUUUUAUGUAAUUUGAGAAUGAUUUUAUUGAUUGUAAAUGUACAUUUUUUGAUAGUAAAUAUUUAUUGUAGAUAUUAAACAUAUUGUAAAUUUAAA